AUGAUAAUACUAAUAAUAAACAAUUACAACAAUAACAAUAACAUCAGCAACAAUAAUAGCAGCAGCAGCAGCAACAGCAAUAAUAGCAACAGCAGUAACAAUAGCAGCAACAAUAACAAGAGUAACAACAGCAACAACAACAAUAGUGACUACAGCAACAAUAACAAUGGCAACAGCAAGAAUAACAACAGUAGCAACAGCAACAACAAUAGCAACUACAGCAAGAAUAACAGCAGAAACAACAGCAACAACAACAAUAACUUCAGUGAUAGCAACAGUAGCAACAUCAACAACAGCAACAAUAACAACAGUAAUGACAACAACAGCCACAAUAACAACAGCAACAACAGCAACAAUAACAACAGUAAUGACAACAACAGCAACAAUAACAACAGUAAUGACAACAACAGCAAUUAUAACAACAGCAACAACAGCAACAAUAACAACAGUAAUGACAACAACAGCAAUUAUAACAGCAGCAACAGCAACAAUAACAACAGUAAUGACAACAACAGCAAUUAUAACAGCAGCAAUAGCAACAAUAACAACAGUAAUGACAACAACAGCAAUUAUAACAGCAGCAACAGCAACAAUAACAACAGUAAUGACAACAACAGCAGUUAUAACAGCAGCAAUAGCAACAAUAACAACAGUAAUGACAACAACAGCAAUUAUUGCAACAGCAACAAUAACAACAGUAAUGACAACAGCAAUUAUAACAACAGCAACAACAGCAACAAUAACAACAGUAAUGACAACAACAGCAACAAUAACAACAGUAAUGACAACAGCAAUUAUAACAACAGCAACAACAGCAACAAUAACAACAGUAAUGACAACAACAGCAAUUAUUACAACAGCAACAGCAGCAACAAUAACAACAGUAAUGACAACAACAGCAGUUAUAACAGCAGCAACAGCAACAAUAACAACAGUAAUGACAACAACAGCAAUUAUUGCAACAGCAACAAUAACAACAGUAGUGACAACAACAGCAAUUAUAACAACAGCAACAAUAACAACAGUAAUGACAACAACAGCAACAAUAACAACAGUAAUGACAACAACAGCAAUUAUAACAGCAGCAACAGCAACAAUAACAACAGUAAUGACAACAACAGCAAUUAUAACAGCAGCAACAGCAAUUAUAACAGCAGCAACAGCAACAGUAACAACAGUAAUGACAACAACAACAAUUAUAACAGCAUCAACAGCAACAAUAACAACAGUAAUGACAACAACAGCAAUUAUAACAACAGCAACAACAGCAACAAUAACAACAGUAAUGACAACAACAGCAAUUAUAACAACAGCAACAACAGCAACAAUAACAACAGUAAUGACAACAACAGCAAUUAUAACAACAGCAACAACAGCAACAAUAACAACAGUAAUGACAACAACAGCAAUUAUAACAACAGCAACAACAGCAACAAUAACAACAGUAAUGACAACAACAGCAAUUAUAACAACAGCAACAACAGCAACAAUAACAACAGUAAUGACAACAACAGCAAUUAUAACAACAGCAACAACAGCAACAAUAACAACAGUAAUGACAACAACAGCAAUUAUUGCAACAGCAACAAUAACAACAGUAAUGACAAUAGCAAUUAUAACAACAGCAACAACAGCAACAAUAACAACAGUAAUGACAACAACAGCAAUUAUUGCAACAGCAACAAUAACAACAGUAAUGACAACAGCAAUUAUAACAACAGCAACAACAGCAACAAUAACAACAGUAAUGACAACAACAGCAAUUAUUACAACAGCAACAAUAACAACAGUAAUGACAAUAGCAAUUAUAACAACAGCAACAACAGCAACAAUAACAACAGUAAUGACAACAACAGCAAUUAUUACAACAGCAACAGCAGCAACAAUAACAACAGUAAUGACAACAACAGCAAUUAUUACAACAGCAACAGCAGCAACAAUAACAACAAUAAUGACAACAGUAACAACAACAGCAGCAGCAACAAUAACAGUAGCAACAGCAACAAUAACAACAGUAAUAACAACAAUAACAUUAACAACAGCAACAAUAACAACAGUAAUAACAACAGUAACAACAGCAACAAUAACAACAGUAAUAACAACAGUAACAACAGCAACAAUACAAUGACUGCCAAGAGGGAAUACAAGCACAAAGUCUACCUCUCCUGA